GUAUUUGAAAGCCGAAUCGCUGCUUUAGAAGGAGGUACUGGUGCUCUUGCCACAUCUUCAGGUCAAGCCGCUCAAUUUAUCACAAUUGCUACAAUUUGUGUUACGGGUGACAAUAUCAUAUCUUCGAGUUAUCUUUAUGGAAUCAAUGUAAAAUUUGUACAUGGCGAUGAUCCACAAGAAUUUGCCAAAGCGAUUGAUGAAAAUACUAAAGCUAUUUAUAUUGAAUCCAUGGGUAAUCCAGCAUUUAAUGUUCCUGAUUUUGAGGCGAUUGCGAAAGUGGCCCAUGAUGCGGGUAUCCCUUUAAUUGUUGAUAAUACAUUUGGUGCUGCCGGUUAUUUAAUACAACCAAUUAAAUACGGUGCAGACAUUGUAGUUCAUAGCGCAACAAAGUGGAUUGGUGGCCAUGGAACAACUAUAGGUGGUGUAAUAGUUGACAGUGGUAAGUUCCCUUGGAACAACGGUAAAUUCCCAUCUUUUACCGAACCAGCUCCUGGAUACCAUGGUCUGCGAUACUGGGAAGCAUGCGGAUCAAACUCCUUCAUUGUUAAAGCGCGUGCGGAAGUCAUGCGUGACAUAGGUGCAUGUCAAAAUCCAUUUGGUGCUUUUCUUCUUUUAGAAGGUAUUGAAACUUUAUCAUUAAGAGUUGAAAGACAAGCAGAAAAUUCUUUGAAAUUAGCAAGAUGGUUAGAAACUUUGACAGAUGUUGUAAGCUGGGUUUCGUAUCCGGGACUUGAGUCCCAUUCAUAUCAUACGAAUGCUAAAAAGUAUAUGAGAAAUGGUUUUGGAUGUGUGCUAUGUUUUGGUGUUAAAGGUGGUGUUAAGGCUGGAUGUUUAUUCAUAGAUUCGUUAAAGCUUGUCAG